AUGGGCUCGCUCGAGGCCCCUCCUCGCUACCAAUCCGACGUCGUGGACGCAAGCCGCCUAGGCGAGUCAAUCAGAUUCGCAUUCUCAGGGCGGACUGCUCCCAAUCGGUUCAUGAAAGCUGCCAUGACGGAGCAACUCUCCUCGUGGAACAAGGAAGACCUGCAAAAGAGAGGCAUACCCACACCCAGCCUCUUCCGUGUGUAUGAACGAUGGGGUGAAGGUGGAAUCGGCAUGGUAGUUACCGGAAACGUGAUGAUAUUCAGUGAUCAUCUAGAGUCAGUGGGGGACCCGGUCAUCCCACCAGACGCGCCGUUCCAAGGGUCAAGGUUCGACGCCUUUAAGCAGUGGGCAUAUUCUGUCAAGAAAGGUGGAAAUCUUAUGGUCGCUCAAGUGUCUCACCCCGGCCGGCAAUGUCAUAGCUAUUUCCAGCGUCACCCAGUCGCUGCCUCUGCAGUACCAUUCGACUUCAGUGGUCCUCGACGACCCAUACAUUUCAAUGAUCCCCACGCGGCAGCGGAGCAAGAGAUCGCCGACAUAAUUGAGUCCUUCGCGCACGCAGCAGAAUAUCUCGAAAAGGCGGGCUUUGAUGGCAUGCAGCUACACGCCGCAAAUGGUUUCUUUUUGUCUGGUUUUCUGAGCACCAUAACGAACAAACGGACAGACCAAUACGGUGGACAUAUUAAUAAUCGCAUACGUAUUCAUCUGGAAAUUGAACAAGCUAUUCGACGCCGAGUAUCCUCCAAAUUCGUUCUCGGAAUCAAGAUCAACAGCACCGAAUUCCAACAAUCCGCUUUCACACCAGCAGAGGCGAAUCAAGUAUGUCUGGCGUUUGAAAGGCAUCACUUUGAUUUUGUGGAACUCAGCGGAGGAUCUUCAGAGAAUCUCAUGACUGGCAACCAGCACCGAGACGAGACGGUGAGAGAAUCAACAAAGAGGCGAGAAGCUUAUUUUCAGGAGUUCGCCGAGCAAAUUGUUCCUGGUUUAACAAAGACCAAGGUCUACUUGACCGGCGGUCUGCGCACGGUCGGAGGUAUGAUCAGAGCACUAGACACUGUUGAUGGAAUUGGUCUCGCCCGCCCGCUGGUUCAAGAAUUUGAUUUUUGCAAAAAGAUCCUCAAUGGCGAAGUAACAGGAAGUAUUAUCCCGAAUAUGGAACUGGGAGAGUUUUGGUUGGCCUUGAUGGCCGGGAACAGGACCAUUAGAGAAGUCGGCCAGGGUAAAGAACCUCUCGAGUUGUGGAAAGACGAGGUCAUACAGGAUCUUCGUAAGGGGUAUGGCCUAUGGGUGGAUAACAAGAGCUCCGAUCGAGAGUACAUCAGCUAUUAUGGCGUCACCUCUACCGAUGCCAUGGAACAGGGGAAGAGACCACCCUUCAGCUCCGGCCCGUCAUCGGGAAUGCUGAAGUGA